AUGCCUCAUCCCCGCCGCCGGAGCCCGGAGAGCUCCAGGAGGCGGAGGCGCGAGAAGCGACUGUCGCGCGAGGAGAGCCUGUACUCGUCGCCUAGCAGCAUCACGCCUCAGCAGAUGCCGGGCAGCUACAGCGCCGACAGCCCACAGCAGCAGCAGCAGCCGUAUCAGCCUCCGCCUCAAUCUCAACCUCAACCUCAACCUCAACCUCAGUUUCACUCCUCCCAAUUUCAGCAACAACAACCACACCAGCCUCCGCUGCCGCUGCAGCAACAGGCCUUCCCCUCACCGCCGCAGCAGCAGUAUCCCUAUCCGCAGCAGUACCAGCACAUGUCGCUGCCAAUGCCGCAGCACCAGACGCCCACCCAGGAUGCGGCCCAGCCUCGGUCCCGGGCCUCGUCGGGCUCGCUGUCCUCGUCGCCAUCCUCCUCGUCCUCCUCGUACACGGAAAUCUCGCGAGUGUAUCCCACCUCCCGCUUUGGAAGCUUCAUCAGCACCUUUGUCAAGGCCCCGUCGGAAGUGCGCCGCCGGCAUCGCCGCAGGGGCAGCGGCACCAAGAAGCGCCGCGGCGUCUUCUUUGGCGGCGGCAGCAACUCGUCCCACUCGUCGAUCAAUUCCGACAUGGCAUACGGCACCGGUUUCGUCAAGAAGGAAAAGGAUCGGUCCACGCGCUACAGCAGCUCCGUUGCGGGCUCCGCCGUAUCGGGCUCUCGACAGCAGCAACAACAACCGCAGUAUCCCCCAGCCGCCGCCUCCAGGCCGUCCCCUAAACUACUUAAUGAGGGGAAGCGUAAUAAGACGGACGAAGAGAUUCUUGCCAUUGGGCGUCAGCUGUCGGACCUUGCCCGGAGGUCCAACGAGGAGGACCUACGUGCUGUGGGAAAAACCCGGCCGUCCGGACUAGCAUCCACUGCCGCCGCCAUCAGUGCACUGCGAAAGAGCAGAAAGGAAGCCAAGAAACGAGGCCUGGCGGGCUCCAAGAAGCACCGCGCAUCAUCUUCUGAUGAAUCCGACUGGGAGUCGGCCUCCGACGACGACGGCGAUUCUUCCGAGAGCUCCUCAAGCGAUGACAGCACGUCUGCUCUGGCCUACGGCGGUGAUUCUUCGCGCUCCAACGUCGCACUGUCCGGUUUCGUGGGAGCCGCCGCCGGGGCCGCCACCGGGGCCGCCGCCUCUUCCGUUGCCAGCUCCAGACCUACGUACCAUAGCAGGAAGAGUUCAGUUGUGGAUCCCCGCCUCUUCGGUCCGGUCAACUCGUUGCGUGGGCUGGUUCACACCCCCUGUGGGUUUGGAGAUGAACAACCACCUCCGGCUUCCAUCAACUCAAAUCGUUACGACAAUGACCGACCGGCCACUGGUGAAUCGCAGGCCGAUUCCACCCACCGCCCGGCACCCAUCCCCCUCCAGCAGCCAAUCCCCAUGGUGCCCGUCUCUAAAAAGGUCUUUGAGGCCGGUCGGCGAGAUUCGCGAAAUAGCUACCGCCGUCAGCUGUCAUCUAACAGUGGGAGCCUUGACCCUACUCUGAGCGGCGGUGUUGCGGCUGCAGCAGCCGCGGCAGCAGCUGCCAUGGCGGAUCAACGAGGGCCUUGGACCGAAGACCGCAUUUAUCGCGAUAAUGUUAAGCUCACCCGUCCGGAUCCAGAGGAAGAUUAUUUCCAGCGGGACCAGGCACCCUUUGAAGAACUGGAGCGGCGGAGGGCCAAUCCGGAGGUAUACUAUAACCGCCGAAACGAUAAUGACUCCCCUCCACUAGAAUCCAACCGCCAAAUGCCCGACUAUGCCAAAGACUCGUCUGACCUGCCUAGAGAUGGCCGGACCUGGAUGGAGCUUCAUCCAGAAGAGCGCAAGGAGAGCCUGAAAUACCAGACUACCUACGAUGCUCAUAUGCGGGAUGCGGAGAAGCGUGAAGCCCAGCUACGCGAGGAUCAACUCCGUAAUACCCAGAGGCAACAGCAGCAACCCCCGCAACCCGCUCGUGCGACAAAGGCAGGUGACCGGAAUGUUGAGACGACUGCCCAGCCCGUUGCAAACCCCAUUGUUGACCCUUUUCAAUACCAGGUUGCCGAUGAUGCUUUCAACACUCCCCAGUUCAACACGCCCCGCCGGCAACCAACACCCGAAAUCGUCACCGUUGAUCGUGUUCCCAACUUUACCGGCCCCUCGCCAGCCCCUGCCUCUGCACCUCCUCCAUCUCAAAUGCCGUUGCGACCGCACAGCAAUGCGGACAUCAGGCUCAGUCGAAAGGACUCGUAUGAGAUUGAGAGAGCAGCCGAAGAGAGGAGAAGGGGAGGUGAGAGUGAGUCUCGGGGUAGAGACCCCAGGGGUGGGUACGAAUACGAACAGGAGGAAAAGGAUGCUCGGUCUAUCCUGGAUGAGGCCAAGCAUUCGACGAUCCCGGUCGCUGCCGUUGCCGUCGCCUCCGCCAUUGCUGUUGAGGAAGAGCGGUCGCGAGAGCGUAAACGCCGUGAAUACUCGGACGAUGGUUCUCGAGAUCGAAGCAGGCCAGCAAAGGACGCUGUCCAGGAAGAUGCCGACAGAUAUUAUCGUGAGUCUGUGAUUGCGCGAAAGAUUGCCUCCGAUGAGAUUCGGUCUCGCAGCCACUCCCCUGAUGAAUCCGUGGUGGACAAAUGGGAGAAGCCGUCGGCCGAGGAGUCGUUUGCCAUUGUCGCACCUCCCAGCAUGGAAGAUAGGGAACAUGACGACGACGACAGCAACCCUUAUGCCCCUCCCAAUGCCGAUGUCAGGAUUGACAAUGAAAUCUUCCCACACGAAACUGACCGGUUCCGAGCCACCAAUGGGGCUGAUGCCGCGAGAUUCAAGUCCCGGGACGCUUCAUGCGAGCGUGAACGUCCCUUGCUGAAUAUCGUUCGUCCCACUCCCGUGCCCAGCCCUGAUUCCACAUCUGUAGGGCUGAAGCGACCGGCGGAGGUGCCUGCAUCUCGAGAGAUUGAAAACGAAUCAGACUCAAUUGCGUCAUCCGACGAUGAAGAGUCUGAUGCAAAGGGCGAGGCAAUACACUCGUCACCAAGCGGCAAGUCGGUCACUUGGGGCGAAAACUCGACAAAGCGAUUCGUAGUCGAAUCUCCCGAAUCUCGUAGCCGUGCAGAAUCCCCAAACGAGUUGGCUGAGGCGGAGGAAAAACCCAGGCCCCGUCUCAGCAAGAUUAGCCAAUGGGGCAAGAUCGCCGCCAUGAUGGCCGCUGGCACCGCCGAACCGACCACUGAGCUUGAUCGGCACACGGCGUCGCGGAGCCGCGAUCUGCCUGCCGAUGACGAUGUCAACGGCGCACCACCUGUUCCUGGCCCCAAGCCGGCUAGCCCUGAGCCUGAACAGAUGCCUGGGACCUUUUCCGAUGAUCUCGAGUUCGCAGCUACCGUGGCAGCCGGCCUAGAGAAGAGCGGUUUCGAUCCUAAUAUUGUAAUUGACGAUCCAGAUUUCCGGCGCCGAGGCUCUCGCCUGAGUACAAACGUGACCCCUGUUGUGGACCGUGCCGAUGCCGAGCGAUCAGCUGAAGAGCCUGUACCAGCUCCAGAAGGCGAUCUGGCAAGAGACAGGGAAGUAGUCGCAGACGACGAGGAGCUCUCGUUGGCUGAUACAGAGGAGUCGGAGGAUGAGAAAACCCAGAAGCAACGGAAGCUCAACGCACUGGAAAAAUACCUUCAGAUGCGACAGUCUGGUGAAAUCAAACCGCCCUCUCAGCCGGUCGAGCCGGUCGAAACGCCGGUGGUAGUGGAACGGCCAGUCACACCUCCUCAGAAUAAUGAGCGACGAAACAUGCUGGAGAAGUUUCUCCAGAGACGACAAUCAGGCGAGAUUCAGCCUCCACGAGAAGUACUAGAGUCGCGUGGCUUGGAGCCGGUUUCUGAGGCCCAAGACGAUAACGAGGAUAAAAAAGCCGAGAGAGAGAGGCUGGAGAAGUUCCUCCAGAUGAGACAAUCCAACCAAACCGAGGAGCCCGAGACAACAGAGGCUGGACCAAGGCACGAACCUGACCCUGAACAGCCUCCGACAAGGACACCACUCCACCCGGAAGCUCUGGCCAAAUUGGAUGAUAGUGCCUCCGAUUAUGCUCCUACCAACAAGUCAAAGAAGAAAAAGAAGAAGAAGCGACGGUCUUCCCGUCUUGAUGACGAACGUUCCGGGCUGUCCAUACCGGGCGACGAGGGUACUGAAAUCUCAAGGAUUUCGGUGCCUGGUGACGAGGCCACCGUCUUUAGUGUCGAAGACUGGGAAGACUGGGACAGUUCGCCAAGAUCUACGCGAAGGUCUGUGGUGGCUUCAGAGCUGUCCACCUCUAGCAGGAGGAGCACCCGGCCGAAGCGCCGGAGCGGCACAGAGAAAGACCUUCGUCUAAAUGACGGCAACGAGCCGCCGCCGCCAUAUUCGAGAGAUGGUCCCACAGACGAUCAUGAUGAUGAAAGAAGGCCGAGAAGCCGGGAGAGCAAAUCUUCACAGUAUAAUGAUAAUAGCGAGAAACCCGUUUCAUCGCGCAAACGCAAAGACUCUUCCGGGAAAAAGUCUGGCUUUCUUUCAGGCAUCUUCAAGUCCGGCGGCAAAGAAGUCAUUAAUGAAAAGGGAGACUCUUUUUUUGAGCAAGCCGGCAUCCUUGGCGCGGGUGCCGGCCUAGCGAGCCUUGCUGCAUCCGCAGCAACGGCCUUGACUCGCUCAAAUGCCGCCGAUGUCUCCUCGGACCCGGAGAACAUCUCGCGAGAUCUCCCUGGCUCGAGCCGGGAGGAUGAAGAUGUCUACCCCGUGAUUGCUCCCCGAGCAAUCGCUAUUGACCCUUACUAUGGUGACCUGCUCCCUCUACCUCCAAGCGAACCGGGUACCCCCCUAGAUGCUAGUCUUGACAAGCUGCCGGGCCUGCCCGACAGUCGCCCUGGGACACCGGAUGAAGAUCGAAGCCGGAGAUUCGAAAGAACCCAUCGCCGGCAACGGAGCAAUCAAGAGAAUAGCUUGUCAAGCUCCCGCAACAGGGCACACAGCAACACUGCUGUCCCUCUAGCACUGCUCAGGGGUAUCGGGUCUAGCCCUUCCAGCCCAGUACUGGCCUUUAAGCCUCCCCGUACGCCACCGCGACCAACCUCCUGGGAUAGCACCAAAGAGUUUAUGCCUCUGAUGCUUCUCGAGCAUGCCAGGCGCGGAUCAGCGGAUCUCAAAGGCGAAGAGCUACCGCCUCUGCCGCCCAGUGAAGUCUCGAGCGAAGCCGAGGGCGGAGCAAUGUCUGACCGGGAGGAGGACAAGUCAUCUGCACUACGACUACGUCCUGAAGACUUCCGAAGCCCCAUGCCUCCAAACGAUGGGUUCAGCUCUACUGAUCAUCAACUCCGACUCCAGACCGACAUUCCGACAAUGGGUAGAUCUGUAUCCGACGAGGGAUCCGAAGGUUCCACGCCAAAGGCAGACUUGGUGUAUGAGCUGCCGGUUCCGCCUACUAACAACAACACUCUAGGCGAUUACGACGAACCUGCUCCCGUUGAGUCGACGCCUUCGUCGGGCCAAUCGGCUAGGACAGUGGAUGCUCAAGCCAUACCGAGCCCUACAACUCCUACACGGCGCUUCCUCUCUCCCAACAAAGAUAUUCGCCAUCAUGCCGAAGAAUUGACAUCAGCAGACGCUUCCGAUGACUUCGAGACCGCACGCACCUCGCCUGCUGAUAUAAAUGACGAUGAUGAUCUAUUUGAACCGCCGCCCAUUGAGCCAUCGAUGCUUGGCGCGAUUCCCGAAUUUUCAAGACCCGCAAAAUUCUUUGAGGACAAGGUACCGGAACAUUCAGAACUGGCGUCUGUGGAUAAGGUGAUUGAGACUUUGCCUAGCAUUGAGAAUGUCCCAAAGGACCAGGCCCAGGCCCGCCAGGGGAGCCCCAGCUAUCUAGACCCCUUACUAGAAUCCGCCGAGGAAUCGUCAACAAAGGGUAAGAACAUGUCCCUUUUACCUGAUGCGGAUAUCGACCCCGACUUAGCUGCUCAACCUACGGCCGACGAGACAUUGGCCGCAUUUGUUGGAGUUCCGGAAUCGGUUCUUGCCAAGGAGUCUGCUCUGGAUACCGACAGGGGAUUCUCAGACGAAUAUACUCCGAUCAAGGAACGCAAAGCACAGCCUGUGAUGGUUGAAGAUGAGUCGGAACCAGAGCCUGAACGUUAUGCUUCUGGACCGGAACUUGAGUUGGGCAAAGAGCCAGUGGCGGUUUUUGAGCCUCUUGAUGAGGUUGCUGAGGCACCAGACACUGAGACUUUCGACAUUGUACCUGUGUCUGAAGAGCUCUCGUAUGACGCCAUUGCUGAAUCAAUUCAACACUCGGAUUCUGAAGAGGUUGAAGAAAUUGUCAUUGGUACCAUCCCGGCUGCAAAGUCUCGCACAAUCACUGAAGCUGCUACCGAAGUAAAAGCUGAGCCUGUCUUGGAGGAGCCUGUGCCUGUCCAAAGAGAUGCCGGGCAGGAAUACCCGAGGAAGCCUGAGCCAUCUCCAGUUAUUGAAGACUCCGAGGAGUCGGAAGAAGAGGAGGAAACGGAGGAGGAAGACGACUCUGAAGAUUCUGAAGAGUCGGAGGAAGAUUCUGAGGAAGAGGAAGAACACGCUGUUGCAGAUGUCGGAAAGCACGUUGGGGAAGAGGGCCACGCGGUUCGCGAUAUGACGGCGUCUGUCGAAACUUUGGGGGCUGUUUCUGUUGUGUCAUCGAGCUCUAAGAAGAGCAAGAAGAAGAAAAAGAAGAAGAAGAAGAAGAGAAAGAGGAAGAAGAAGAGCAAGGCGGCAACCGCAGCAGCAGAAGCCCCCCAUGACACCCCCAUUCAACAUGCCAAUGAACCCGCAGAGUCUAUCAUUAUGCCAGUCGUGGAACCUGUCACUGAGAUGCCCUCCGAUGCCACAAAAGAACUUGCUACAGAGCUUGAUCGAAAUGAUUCCGAAUCCCUUACACAGCCUCCACCUGUUGAUGCAGUAGAAGCAGUGGAAGAAAUACCUCUUGAUCUUGCCAAGGAAUCCUUUACUCAGGAGCCUGUAUCCGAGGCCCCGGACCAGUUCACACGAGAGAUUGCGGAGGAACCUAUAAUUGAAAAAGCACAAGAAGUCGCCGCAUCUCCCGAGUUCACUCCCCGCGAGGGCUUGGAGCCUGUGUCCGAGCCUACACCUCUGGCUGAGACCGAAGAGCCACAAACUAUACCAUCAACUGCUGUCGAGAGUACAAACAACGAUGCAGGCGGCUUGGAGGAUGAGCUUUUGAAGUGGGCGAAUACCGAUAGUGAACCGAUUCCACAUUCAGAUCAUACCAGGGUUGACGAGGCAGAUACACUCGCACCAGAGCUGAGCGAUGAGCAAGACAGUGAAAAGAGGAGCAUUCAGGUCGAGGAUGAGACUAUUGCUGUCGAAGAAAAGCCCGAAACUCUUGCUCCCCUACAGGAAGAGUUUCCCUUACAGGAAGAGGUCUCUGCUCCCGUUAGCGCCGAAUCUGACCUAGUUUCCACUGAGGAGGUUCCUGCCGAUUUGCCUGCUGAAGGAGAAGACUAUGACUCUGCUGAUGAAGAUCGAGAGGUAAUGGUGACUGAUGAGGUGGAGCCUGCGGUGGAGGAGGCGCCUAUUGAAUCUCCUGCUGUAGCUGAAGAGCAUGUCGAUGCAGAUGUCACUGACUCACUGGCCUCAGAUGCUGAGGAAUUAGCAUCUGUUCCGCGAGAAGAAUCGCCUUCUGCUGAUCGCGAAUGGGCUCCUGAAUACGAAGACGCAAUGUUGCCCACAAUCAUGGAAGAAGACGGUAUUGAGGGUGAAGACGAGUUUGAUCGAGAUGCACCCUUCAGCGACCAACUGUCCCCUAUCUUGGAAGAGUCGUUGGAGGAUUUACUAGAAGAUUCGGCUCCUGAAAAGACACCCGAUCAAGAAUCCAUCGAACCAACACUGGAGACUAUACCAGAGGAAUCAGCCUGGAGCAUUGGUCGAUCUGAGGACCAACCCGAGCAGCAGAUCGCUGAAGAGACCAGAUAUCUGGAGCCCAUUGGAGGGAAAUCCGAUGCUACAGCCGUAGUAGAAGACGUCUCUCUUGAACCACAAAUGGAUGAAAGUGUACCGCGAUCCAUUGGUGAAAUAGCCGAGACACCAGACAGCAAACCUCUCGGCUGGGCUCCUCCUCAGCUGCCAUCAUUUGUCUCUGACAUUUCUGAGCCAUUGUUCACUCAGGAUGAUGCUCCUUCUGAGUACCCUACUCAGCAAUACCCUGCUAGCUACGAGCCAACACAGAUGGACGAGAGUUUUGCAGUCCCCGAGGAGCCUUCUCGAAUGCCACCCCCAGUACCUGAUGCUGCAGAUGAAGGAGACUCCAAAGCUAUCGAACCUGAAUACUCUGAAGUCCCGGUAGUCCCUGAGGAACCUUCUCGAAUGCCACCUCCGGUACCGAAUGCUGCGGAUGAAGGCGAUUCCAAGGCGGACGGGUUUGAAUCUCCAGAAGCCGUCGUAAUACCAGAGGAGCCUUCUCGACCGCCCCCCUCCAUUCCUGGCAUUACAAACGAAGCUGAAUCUUUGGAUGCUGUUGAAGCCCCCGAGGAGCCUUCUCGACCACCACCUCCGGCACCUAGUGCUGCAGAUGAAGGCGACUCCAAGGCUGCCGAACUUGAACCCUUGGAAGGCCUUGUAGAGCCUGAAGUUGAUGUUCCAGCACUGGAGCAUCAGGGUGAACUCGAGGAACUCACAGAUACCGCUGAUAUCGCCCCAUCUAUUGAAGAGCGCGAACUGGUUGACGAGCAACUGUCUACCGCAGCCCCCGAUGCUACUAUCCAGGAGCCUGAGCUCAAAGAAACUAAUCCACCAGAAGAGGGAGACAACGAAGAAAGACAAGAAACUUCAGUCUCUCUUGACCUUGAGCCGACAAAGCAAAAGCAAGAACCUGAGAUGACUCCAGACGGACAUGUGGAGCCGUCCUCUCUCGAAGCUCCUCUUGAAGCACCAAUUGAGGCCCUGCCAGAGACAAGGGAGAUUCUUUCAGCUGAUGAGAGCCAGAAUAUCGAAGAGCAGGAGCCGGUUGCCAUCGACUCUGCGCCUCUGAUGGAGUCUGAAACAUCCCAAUUGCCUACUUUACAAGAGGAACACAAGGCACAAGAUGGCAUGGCAAUUGAGCAACCCUCUGGUCAGGAUUUGAACCUAGAUGUGACUCAGCAAGAAGAGCAGAGCACACUGGAUUCAAGGCCCUCCGAGCUACACGAUGAAUACCAUGAGGCCAAGGAUGUGGAGCCUGUAUCUCUGCAGGAACCGGAGACAAUGCCACUCCAGGAGGCCGAACGAGAACUGGAUCUAGAACCCAAAGCAGAACAGGAGGCUGCCGAUGAUGGAUUGCAGCUACCAAUGAACAACACCGACUUGGAAAAUGAGGGUUCUGGAGACAAAUCUAGGGAGGUUGACGUCGAUACCACGUCUGAUACGCAUUUAGAAACUGGAACUUCCGAGGAUGCUCGACCAAUUUACGAAGAGGAGCAUAGGCCGGAGAUGGAGAAUAACGACACUGAGGAUCUCGACGCGGAAAAGAGAGAAGAGAAAUCGGAACAUCCCGAACGAUCUGUAGAACUUGAUUCGACUGGUACUUUAGACCCCUCAGUGGAAAACAGCUUUCCCCAAGAAUCUAAUAUUACAUCUGAACUGGAACAACCCACACUGGAAGCUGAAAUAGUUACACCGUCAAUUACAUCGCCAAACGCAGAGGAGAAAUUGGAGUCGGAGCAUCCCCUUCAAACCGAAGAUUCUGAACAAAUGAAUCUCGCCCAGGAUGGUGCUGUCGCUCCUGUAAAUACGGAGCUUCAAGAUCCUAGCGGAGAGCUUGAGCCUGCUACAGAGGCCGAGCAACAGACUGAAGAACCCCUGGCACCGCAAGAGGCUCAGCCACCAACUGAAAAGGAGAUUAAUGAGCCUGGAAAUGAACGCCAAGGAUCAGCUGUGGCUGAAAGCCUAGACCAAUUCGAGGCCCCGGUAGAGAGUAUUAAGGAAGACUCGAUCGACACCACGUUACCGGGUUCGGAUCCGGUUACGGAUGCCAAUGAUGCUUCACGCUUGGACAAUGAUACGUCUGUGGUUGAUGAAGCACGCUCUGAUCCUGCAGAUGUUGUUGACUCUGGCCUUUCCGAGACGACUCGGGGCAUCAUCCCGGUCGUCGAAGACAAGGAAGCAGCUGGUGAUGUUGACGAUUCACAGCCAGAGGUCCCUAGUGCAACGACAGAUGCUCCUGCUGAGGAAGAGCCCAAGCUUGAGGAAGCUCAGCCAGAAUUGAAACCCGAAGAACUUCCGUUGGAACAGGCCUCUGAUGAACACCAGCAAGAACCAAAGUCUGAUGAGCCUGAACCAGAGUCAGUAGUUGAAGAGUCUGACAAGGGACUGAAUCCUGUCUUUGAAGAGAUUCAGCAAGAGCCAACACUUGAAGAAACCCGGCAAGAGCUAACACUUGGAGAACUCCAACAGGAGCCAGUAUCAGAGAUCCAGGAGCCCAAGCUGGAAGAGCCUCACCAUGACUCAUCUGACGAUGAAAGUGAGCACGAGUCACAGUCCAAGGAGCUUGAGCCGUCUACGACAGACUCUCCACUGCAGGAUGUAGACGAGGCAACGGCUAAAAAACUUGCCAAGAAGGAGAGGAAGAAGGCUCGAAGACGUGCUCGUGCAGCAGCAGCUGCUGUCGAGGAAGCUGUCGUAGAUCCAGUCGCGUGGAAGGAUGAAGCCCAAUAUCAAUCUGCUACUGAAGAGAUAUACAACUCUCACCCUCUUGAUUCAGCCAGUAUAGCUGAGCAGGAUGAUCUUGUACCCGAUAUCCUAGAAAGAGAGACAGCUGUUGCUCUGAAGCCUACGGAAACAGUUCAGCCUGAUACUCAGGCUCCUGAGCUCGACACAAUUUCGGAAUCUCACGCGUUGGAGCCGACUCAUGGCAAAUCGAUCGAGCCUACUGUCGUUUCAGAAAGCGAUGUACCACGGGCUGAGGCAAUAAGUCUGCCAAUUGAAGAACCGCUGUCUAUUGAACCGGUUGAUCAGCCUGAACCUGAGGCUGCUUUGCCGACUGAACCCCAGGAGGAGAUUUCCAAGGAGCCUACAGAGGAGCGCCAACAAAAAUCAUUUGUCCCUGAUUCCCCCGAGGUUCGACAGUCAAGAACCUGGGAAUCGGACAAGUCUCGCAAAAACUCAUCCGUGUUCUUGUCCGUCCCUGGAGCAGCAGACUCCUCAGGAAGUGAAGAAGACAGCGACGAUGACGCUUCGUAUGUCUCCGAUAUGUCAUACCAGCAUAGCGAAGUUGGGUAUCCCAGAUACGGUGGACCAAAUGACUCUACGUCAAGACUUACCGGCUUUGAGGUGACUGGUACUCCGCGCGUAGAAGGACAUGCCCACAGAGAUCGACACAGGAAGAAGAAAAAGAAGAAGGGAGGCAAGAAGCACAAGCGCAAGAAGUCUCGCAGUGGCGGAAGUGAACGCGGAAGUGAACGCGGAAGUGAUCCGUCAUCCUCGCUGCCGAGUCUUCCACAGACUUCGAAUCCCAACCUCGCGGGCAGUGUGCCUAAUGCCAAUGACAGCCAGCCCUCUAUUUCCGAUGAACAUGUCGACAAGGAACAGAAUCCAUCUUCCAAUGUCGGAGAGGGUGCUGCCGCCGAGCCCCCAGCCACAGGGGCCGGUGGGUCAAGAGACAUUGACGAACUUUUGUCUGAAUUUGCGGAUGAUCCUGAGCCAAUAGACCCUCCGCAGAGCCAGCGGGCUGGAAGCAUCACUAUACCGCUAGAUACUAUCCCUGAAGAUGCUAGCGGAGAAGAUGUAGGAUCUCCACGACUGAAAGAAGCUACAAACCCGCCUGACAACCAGGAUUCCGAGCUGUCACGUCCUUCUGGAGAACAGAUCGAGGAAGAGCCAGAAAACGCAUGGGAUAUGUUUACGGGCAACUGGGGCAAGUCUUCUGGGAAAAGGUCCGAAUCUGACCUUUCGAGAAGUCUAGAGCUAGCCCCGGACGAGAGACCGCCUCAAGACUACCUAGGUGGUAAGCAGGCUCAGAUGAUUCAAGAUGCAGCUCUGGUUGAGGAGCCCUCGGAGAUUUCUACACCGCGAAGGAAUAGCCAAACAGACAACACGGCAAGUGAUGAGCCUGCAGGGUCAGAACUGCAAGUUGAGAAGCGAGCCUCAUCCUUUUCUGGAUCCCAAUCGCCAAAGGGAAAGGAUCCGAAAAGCAUGAGGCCAGGCUCAGCAUCCAGCCAAGGAUCUAACCAAUGGCUCGGAUUCCUGUCUGAACGGUUCGGCCCUAAAAAAAAGAAGACUAGGGACAGAGACAAAGACCCUAUAGGGGAAGAUGACAAGGAAGACCCCAACGAGGAGUCUUUUUUAGGGAAUCCAGCUCUUCGGAAAAGCGGUGACGAGAGGAGCUGGGAGACAAAAAUCGAAACAAUCGAUGAUUUCUUGCAAAGGAGUGGCAGCCCUACCACACCAAAGAGGCGCAAGAGACGUCAAGCACAAUCCGACACACCUACUACACCAAAGCGGACUGAAAGCAUUGUGGAGGCCGGAGAUGAUGGGGAUGUCGUUGAAAGGAGGUUUAAGCGUGGAGAAUAUUUUGGAGGACAGUUGGUCGACAGCCCAAUUCUUGAGGCAAUGGAAGUCUUGGGGCCUUUUGAGCUACUGAAACGGAAUGCCCAAGUGGAGGAUCCGAUCGGUGGGCUUCUUCGGGAAGCAUCGGAAAUAUCGGUGCUUCCCCCAAUGGACAUGAUGUCUGAAAUAUCUGACUACGAUUUAUCUGAUUAUAGGUUGUCGCCACGCGGGUUGCCCUCCGUUGAAGAGCUGCCGGAGGCGGAAGCCGAAGCGACAGCCUCGGAAGUUGGCUUUUACAGAGACAGUGGGUUUUCCGGAAGCCCCCCAAGCCGAUCAAGGAGACACAGCACAAGCACGAUCCCCUUUGAAGACAACGAGGAGAAAGUGCGCGACAGCGGGGUCGAUGCAGACUGGCUAGAAGCCGCCAUGGCACAGCUCAAGACUCCUGAGCCGAUGAACAGGACGCCAGAGCGCCAGCCCCAGAGACGCCUACGACGAUCUACACUGGGCGGCCAGAAACUGCGGGAGCCUACGUCGCUACGAGAGGCGGCCAAGGACCCUGAAAAGAAGACCAUACCGGGUACCAGGGAACGAGUGUUGACGGGAACAGGAACACGACCGGAGACUCCAACGGGGAGAACCAGUCCCACUAGGAAAGGCUACGGAGCCAUCACCGGGAUGGGCUUUGGACGGCUUGCAAACGGAAGGGUGUCGCCAAUGCCCGCGUCCAUGUCUACGGAACAACUCGACGCUCCUCCAGCGCUGAAACGGUCGGUCACAUCACCAGUUACAUCAGCACCUCUACGAAGCCUGCGACGAGCCGUCAGCGCGCAGAUUGGGCCGGGGCUCCAGCGCCCGGAGUCGCCGUCAGUGCCGCUGAUGCCAGCGACGGAGCAGCCUCGAAGCGUCUCAGACAGCAAGAUCCCGUCAGCCACAAGACGCCAGACGGGAGAUGAGGCGCGGGCCGACCCCGGUCGAGGCACGCCCAACAGCGGGCUGGUGCGACAGCGGACCCCUGAAGGGCUGAGAUUCUCGCGCCAGGACGGCAGCACAGUGCGGUCCUCGUCGAAUCCAACGCCGCCGCUGCUGAGACGGGCGGAGAGGCGCUUCUCGCUGCGCCAGCCAAACAGCAGCACCAGCUCCAUCGCGCCGAACCCGAUCCCCAGCCCGAUGCCCGCCACCGACACCAGCACCAACCCGAGCCCAAUCCCAACGCCAACGCCAACGCCAACGCCAACGUCAACCUCAAGACCAGCAGCGUCGAAGCCGUCGUCGGAGGCGCCCGUUGCCAAUGAAGGCCGCGCGCGCGCAAAGGACAAGCCCGACGUAUACGAUGGUUUCGGCGAGGGCCGCAUCGGCUCGCCCUUAUCACCAACAAGGCCUCACAGUAUGCGUCGGCGUCAGAGCAUGCAAGUCCUCGAGCUCGAGGCCCGAGUCGAGCAGCUCAUAGCCGAGAACCGCCUGCUCUCCGAUGCUCGCCAUAGCACCGACCAGCACCUGAGCCAUCGUGUCGUCACCGCUCUUUCCGACCGGGACACCCAGAUCGAGAGUCUCAAGCAGACGCUCAAGUUCCUGCGAGGCGAGGUCUCUCGCCUGACCGAGGUCAAUGAUGGCCUCAGCAGCGCCAACGCCGAGCUGGCCAACAAGGACAACAGCCGCUACGCGGACCUGCAGGUCCACGCCGACCGGGGCGAGAACCAGGAUGCCCUGAUGCAGGCUCUGCGCGACAAGGACGCCCAGAUUGCAAGCCUGACGGCCAAGCUAGACGCCGCCAAGGAAAAGAUCCGUGAGCUGCAGCGUCAGAUUCUCGAGUCCAAGGCUGCCGACGUGCAGUUCCUCAACAUCAAGGAUGAGGACUACUUUGACCACCGCUGCCAGCAGCUCUGCUCCCAUGUCCAGCAGUGGGUUCUGCGCUUUUCCAAAUUCUCCGACAUGCGGGCCUGCCGCCUGACAAGCGAGAUCAACGAUGAGAAGAUCAUCGACCGCCUUGACAACGCCGUCCUGGAUGGCUCUGACGUCGACAGGUACCUCAACGACAGAGUCAGGCGGCGGGACAUUUUCAUGUCCAUGACCAUGAACAUGAUUUGGGAGUUCGUCUUUACCCGCUACCUCUUUGGAAUGGACCGAGAGCAGCGACAGAAGCUCAAGUCGCUGGAAAAGCUGCUGACAGAAGUUGGCCCACCACAAGCCGUACGCCAAUGGCGUGCCGUUACCCUCACGUUGCUCUCCAAGCGCGACACAUUCAAGAGGCAACGAGACCUGGACACGGAAGCCGUGGUCCAGGCCAUUUACCAGACACUAUGCAAGGUCCUCCCGCCGCCUUCCAACCUGGAGGCCCAGAUCCAAGCCCAGCUACGCAGGGUCAUGCACGAGGCCGUCCACCUCUCCAUUGAGAUGCGCACGCAAAAGGCCGAGUACAUGAUGCUGCCGCCUCUGCAGCCGGAAUACGACGCAGACGGCGAGCUUGUCCAGACUGUCCAAUUCAAUGCGUCCAUGAUGAAUGAGCGGAGUCCGUCCUCGCUGAAGCUGACCAACGAAGAGCUCGAGGCUCGCGGCGCCAUUGUGCGCGUUGUCCUCUUCCCUCUCGUCGUCAAGAAGGGAGAUGACGAUGGCUCCAACGACGAGGAGAUUGUUGUCCAUUCCGCCCAGGUGCUCAUUGCUCGUAGCAAACUCACGCGCCAACCCACGCCAUCUGACGGGGGGAGAGUUUCUACAGGCACUGGCCGUCUGAGCGGCGGUACCAAUUCUCCUAGCACUAGAACGUCUGAUGUCAUCUAA